AUGGGGGCCCUUGCCCGCCUGCUGGAGAGUCUGCUCUGGCCAGCGCAAAAGGAAGAGGGGGCAGAGGAGGAGGAGGGGCGCAGGACUCCCAACGGGUCGCCUCGGUUCCUCCUGGACGCCCCGCGAUGCGCUCAGCGGCCGCACGGGGGUGAGCGCAGCGCAGGUUGGCGCGCGCACAUGGAGGACGCGCAUUGCGCUUGGCUCGCGUUACCGGGGCUGCCCCAGGGCUGGGCUUUCUUUGCGGUCCUCGACGGCCACGGCGGGGCGCGAGCAGCCCUCUUCGGCGCACGCCACCUGCCCGGCCAGGUGCUCGAGGCGUUGGGCCCUGCACCUGGCGAGCCAGAGGGCGUGUGCGGGGUGCUUCGCCUGGCUUUCUGGGGCGCAGACGCACGCCUGCGUUCGCUCUGGCCCCACGGCGAACCCGGCGGCUCUACCGCGGUGGUGUUACUCGUCUCCCCGCGCUUUCUGUACCUGGCACACUGCGGUGACUCGCGCGCGGUGCGGAGCCGCGCUGGAGCUGUGGCCUUCAGCACCGAGGGCCAUCGACCCCUCCGGCUCCGGGAACGCGAGCGUAUCCAUGACGCGGGCGGCACCGUCUGCCGCCGGCGCCUCGAGGGCUCUCUGGCAGUGUCGCGAGCACUGGGCGACUUUGCCUACAAAGAGGCCCCAGGAAGGCCCCCCGAGCUGCGCCCUGUUUCCGCGGAGCCUGAGGUGACCGCCCUGGCACGGCGGGCCGAGGACGACCUCAUGCUCCUGGCCUCCGACGGCGUGUGGGACGCGAUGUCUGGCGCUGCCCUGGUGGGACUGGUGGCACCACGCCUCCGCUUGGGCCUGGCCCCAGAGCUUCUCUGCGCGCAGCUGUUGGACACGUGCCUGUGCAAGGGCAGCCUGGGCCACAUGACCUGCAUCCUGGUCCGCUUUCCCGGGGCCCCAGGCCUUGUGAGGAGGAAGGCGCUAGAGCCGGAUGCAGCCCUGAGCCGCAGGCUCAGCGGGAAGGAGCUGUGUUCCUCUGCCCAGGAGCCCCGCAGCCUGAACAAGGUGUUCAGGACUCUGGUCUCUGAGGACAUCCUGGAUUUACCUCCUGGGGGAGGGCUCUACUGCAAGGCCGCUGUCAUCGGUGAAGCGUAUUCUCAGCUCUUCCAGGCCUCAGGGCAGCGCUGGGAGGCAGGGUCUGAGCUCGAGGUAGCAGAGACUUGCAGCUCCAGCCUCACGUCCCGUGAGCUUAACUUCCUCGGUGGAAAGGAGGCACCAGUUUCCCAGGAGUUGCAGCAAUGGUUCCAGAGCUGGUUUUCAUCGGCCGCCCUGGGUCACAUGCCUGCCAGUCACUGUGUCUCUAAUGGGCCAGGCUGUGGUCACAAGCCCACCCCUGGUGCUUAGGGUUGGGGCGUCCAGUGCAUCCAAACCUGAUGGAUUGAGAGAUGGGGGGAUGCUGGUCCCCCCAAAGGGAAAUAGGAGUGGUGUUUCCAGAAUAUAGGGGGGUAGAUACUGAGAGACUGGAUGGGGUGUCUAUUCACCAUCUCUUAUAUUUUGUUACAGAAAGGGGCUGGGAGGGUCACUGGCACCCAUUCAAGCUCUGCCUUGGACUUCAGGCCUGACAGCUGUCGUCCUUUGGGGUCCCUCUGUUGUCCUUUGGUGCCCGAAGGGAACUUAGAAACCUCCCCUUCCUCAGCUACAAAGAACAGCGGAAGGAAGACGAGCUGAUGGAGGAACCCCAGAAUGUUUAUUUCCCCUUCUCCUACUUCCCUCUCACAAAAAAGUCUUAUGAGAGGGGAAAUUCCACUCACCGUCUAACUGGAAAAAACACACCCCAAAACCAAAUGUUUGGAGGUGAAUGGAUCCUGAAAGAUCACCCGGUUCAAUAACCUUCUCUCCCCUUUCCAUUUCUCAUCUGUUAUGGAGGAGCUAGGGGAGAUUUUGUUAUUAUUAAAUUAAAAUUACAUAAUUCAAGAUACAUUUUUUUCUUACAGAAAAGAACACACACACACCCCAAACAUCAUUUGCCCAGUCAUUUGGCAAACAUAUUGGGCACCUGCUCACAGCCAUCAACCAGGGGCCUCACUGAGAUUCCUGUCUAUUCUAGGGCCCACCUCCUGGUGUGUGUGGGGGAAACAGCAAGCAAGGGACCCGAUAAAUAAGGUCAUCUCAGACACUGACAAGCGUCCCAAGGAAAA